UCAGCAUCUCCACCCUACCAGCAGAAAACCGGUAUCUGAGUUUCCACCAAAAUAUGGAACUUGAUUUUGGACAUUUUGACGAAAGAGAUAAGACAUCCAGGAACAUGCGAGGCUCACGGAUGAAUGGGCUGCCUAGCCCUACUCACAGUGCCCAUUGUAGCUUCUACCGAACCAGAACCUUACAGGCACUGAGCAAUGAAAAGAAAGCCAAGAAGGUACGUUUCUACCGCAAUGGGGACCGCUACUUCAAGGGGAUUGUAUACGCUGUGUCCUCUGACCGUUUUCGCAGCUUUGAUGCCUUACUGGCUGACCUGACUCGAUCUCUGUCUGAUAACAUCAACCUGCCUCAAGGAGUGCGUUACAUUUACACCAUUGAUGGAUCCAGGAAAAUCGGAAGCAUGGAUGAACUGGAGGAAGGGGAAAGCUAUGUUUGUUCCUCAGACAACUUUUUUAAAAAGGUGGAGUACACCAAGAAUGUCAAUCCCAACUGGUCUGUCAAUGUGAAGACAUCUGCCAAUAUGAAAGCCCCCCAGUCCCUGGCUAGCAGCAACAGUGCCCAGGCCAGGGAGAACAAAGACUUUGUGCGCCCCAAGCUGGUGACCAUCAUCCGCAGUGGGGUGAAGCCUCGGAAGGCUGUGCGUGUGCUUCUGAACAAGAAGACAGCCCACUCUUUUGAGCAAGUCCUCACUGAUAUCACUGAAGCAAUCAAACUAGAGACCGGGGUUGUCAAAAAACUCUACACUCUGGAUGGAAAACAGGUAACCUGUCUCCAUGACUUCUUUGGUGAUGAUGAUGUAUUUAUUGCUUGUGGUCCUGAAAAAUUUCGCUAUGCUCAAGAUGACUUUUCUCUGGAUGAAAAUGAAUGCCGAGUCAUGAAAGGAAACCCUUCAGCCACAGCUGGUCCCAAGGCAUCCCCAAUGCCUCAGAAGAAUUCAGCCAAGAGCCCUGGCCCUAUGCGCCGGAGCAAGUCUCCAGCUGACUCAGCAAAUGGAACCUCCAGCAGCCAGCUCUCUACCCCCAAGUCUAAGCAGUCUCCCAUCUCUACACCCACCAGUCCUGGCAGCCUCCGGAAGCACAAGGACCUGUAUCUGCCUCUGUCUUUGGAUGACUCAGACUCACUUGGUGAUUCUAUGUGAAGGAGGAGAGCAUGUUCAGAGUCCAGAGUACAAAUCCAAGCUUACUGUUACAAUAGGGUACUUCUGCUCAAGUGUCCAACAGGGCUACUGGUGCUUUCAAGUUUUUAUUUUGUUGUUGUUAUUUUUUAAAACACACUGUAAUAUGUUGGGUUUAUUUUCUUGUGAUUUCUCCUCUGGGCCACUGAUAUACAGUUACCAAUUAUAAGAGAUAGAUUGAUAACCAUCCUUUGGGGUAAUUUCCCAGGGAUACGAAAUGUGCUAGUCCAUGACCUUUCUAUUGAAAACACUUAGGCACCUGCAUUAUUUUCCCCAGUCUCACUUUGCUUAUACAUGACAGUCUUCCUUUCAUAGAGGAUUGUUUACAUGCACCGCACUUAAAAUGUGUGUGGGGAGAAAAUAUCAUUGGCAAAUCCAAGAGUGACAAACAUAAGUAUCCCUUGUCUCUCAAUCUCAAGAAUGAUGUAAGAUCCUGGGAGGAUGGCAAGGCAGAUCCCUGGUCUUGUUCUUUACUCCUAAUUGAACACUCUGUUUGUUGUCUAACACCAAUUCUGGCUGUCACUGGGGAAAACACUAGCAACUUAUAUUUCUGACACCAGAUGCUUAGGACCCUGAUACAGGAGUGGCUAAAACAGACUAGGCAGAAUUGGGAACUCUAAACAUCUUAGUAGAGUUUAUAAAGCAUAGUUACUUUAUUGUCAACUCCUUCACUGGAGCAAUUUAGAACCAAUAAGCAGUUAAUUAGAGUUGGGGGUGAAGGAUUUUAUAUAUCUGAUUCCUCUAGGAGGCUGUCCAACAUAACAAGUUAUUACACAAACUGAAUGGUAUCCAUCUAUCUCUGUUCUAUUGAAUGCCUUGUAAACAGCCAACACUGAAAAAACUGUGAGAAUUUGUUUUCAGGUCUGACACCUUUCAGUCACGUUUUAUAGCAAGAAACCAAUAUCCUUUUUAUAAAACCUCAUGUCUGUAUUUCAGGAGCAAACUCUUCAGGCUCCUUUUUUUAUAAACUGGUGAUUUUUCUUUUGUCUAAAAAAUACAUGCAGAAAAUUUACCAAAAAAAA